GGCCGGCGCACACAUACAGUAUGUCUGGUUGCCUAAGAGGGAGGCGCUCGACGCCGGUAGAGAGUGGUGGGUGAAAAAGACCGACGAAGCGGGUGAAAGAUCUAAUAAAGCGAACUGACGAUAUACUCUUUAGAUUGCUGUUUUUUUUUUUUUGCCGGUCUUUCUGAAGAGGUUUAAAGGUUGCUGUCCCCAGAUUCGCCCCGCCACCUCUCUGUCUCUUCAUCUGGUGUGAUUGUGUCUGUCCUUGUGUGUUUGAAGGAGUGGCAAAGAGUGAGAUUGUUAGUUUUGUAUUAGCUAUAUUCACUGGUAUAUUAGCUAUAUUCACUGGUAUCAAGUGGAGGCACCCUAUCUUCGAUCCACCAUGAGUGACAUGAGCGAUCUGGACAGACAAAUCGACCAGCUGAGGAGAUGUGAGCUCAUCAAGGAAAAUGAGGUCAAAGCCCUGUGUGCCAAAGCCAGAGAGAUUCUAGUGGAAGAGAGUAAUGUACAGAGAGUCGACUCUCCAGUAACGGUGUGCGGUGACAUCCAUGGGCAGUUUUAUGACUUGAAGGAGUUGUUUAGAGUGGGAGGAGACGUUCCAGAAACAAACUACCUCUUCAUGGGAGAUUUUGUGGACCGAGGCUUCUACAGUGUGGAGACCUUUCUGUUACUUCUUGCCCUGAAGGUGCGUUAUCCAGACAGAAUUACCCUGAUCCGAGGGAACCAUGAGUCCAGACAGAUCACACAAGUAUACGGCUUUUAUGACGAGUGUUUAAGAAAAUACGGUUCAGUCACGGUAUGGAGGUACUGCACAGAGAUCUUUGACUACCUUUCUCUCUCCGCCAUCAUUGAUGGCAAAAUCUUCUGUGUACACGGAGGCCUUUCACCCUCAAUCCAGACUCUGGACCAGAUUAGAACCAUUGACAGGAAGCAGGAAGUGCCUCAUGAUGGGCCCAUGUGUGAUCUUUUGUGGUCUGACCCUGAAGACACCACAGGUUGGGGGGUAAGCCCGAGAGGUGCUGGUUAUCUGUUUGGCAGUGAUGUUGUGGCCCAGUUCAAUGCUGCCAAUGACAUCGACAUGAUUUGUAGAGCGCACCAGCUUGUCAUGGAAGGAUAUAAGUGGCACUUCAAUGAGACUGUUCUCACUGUGUGGUCUGCUCCAAAUUACUGCUACAGAUGUGGUAAUGUUGCUGCAAUCUUAGAGCUGGACGAGCACCUGCAGAAAGAAUUCAUCAUAUUUGAAGCUGCUCCACAAGAAACCAGAGGCAUUCCCUCCAAAAAGCCAGUUGCUGACUACUUCCUAUAAGCUUCCUGUGUCCUUGGGAUGCAAGCACUCUCAACAGGAAGUGGUUCUCUGUGUGUCCUUGUGUUUCUAUUUCUCUUUCCUUGCCCAACUGUCUUAAUUAUGCUUUUUUUUUUACUUUGUAAUAUUAAGAUUUUUUUUUUUUUGUCUUUUCCAUCUACUUUUUAUCACAUACUUUCUUUGCCAUCAAGACACACACUUGGUAUAUAUUCUCAUAUACUGCUUUGAAAUCUCUUGUUCUCAAACUCGUGUACUCUGUAGAUGUAGGCAUUUAUUAUGUAUGUGAAUAUCAGUAGGGAAAGUGGAACAGAGCACAAUGCACACUUGAGUGUGUGACUGCUGUUAAGACAUGUUCCUCAGAAAGCUGUUUAAGGAAACGGCAGUUUAAAACAGUAUGUUGGACAUUGCAUCAUUGUUAUUUUAUUUUUAUUUUUUUUCUCUUUGCAUUCUUUUCUCAUGGAAGUUGUGAAUGUGUCAGAGAAUGAAUAUGGCAUAAUUCCUGCUUUGAUUAUAAUUUAUUAUCAUCUUUCACCUGAGUCAUAGUUUCACAGCUUUGGAGUUUUGUGAAGGAAAGUAAAAACUUGACUACACUGGAAACCAUCUGAACACCACACACAAACCGAACUGGAUUUAGAAAAUGUGCUUCUCCCUCUUGACUGUUCUCUCUCAAUUUGUUUUUUAAUUUGUGAAAAUAAAAUGUACUUUUGUAUAAACAUUAGAU